AGCCGCGCUCAUGGCCUUCAGCCCGUGGCAGAUCCUGUCCCCCGUGCAGUGGGCCAAGUGGACGUGGUCCGCGGUGCGCGGCGGGGCCGCCGGGGACGACGAGGCCGGAGGACCCGCGGGCGACCCCGAGGAGGAGGACUCGCAAGCCGAGACCAAAUCCUUGAGUUUCAGCUCGGAUUCUGAAGGUAAUUUUGAGACCCCUGAAGCUGAAACACCGAUCAGAUCACCUCUCAAGGAAUCCUGUGAUUCAUCACUAGGAUUGCCAGGCCCUGGGGCCAAAACCCAAGAACCACGAGAAGCUGAGGAACAGCUGGUAGCAGAAGUGGUUGAAAAGCAUUCUUCUGAGACUCAUGCGAGACCCCCGAAAAGCGAGGUUCCCCAGAAGGCCGUUGACGUCCACCCCGUGAAGAACUUCAGAGAGGAACCUGAACACGACAUUAGCAAAAUUUCAAUAGUGAGGCCCUUCUCAAUCGAAACCAAGACCUCCCUGGGAACAAAAGCAGCGCCCGGCUACGUAGCCGCUGUCUCUGGCAAGGCUGUACCUGCCCUAGAAGCCCUCCGGGAAGAGGCAGUGACAGAUGGCAGCGUGGAGGUUGGACCUACAGCCCCCCCAGAAGCUGACCCGAAGGCCGGGAACCCCUGUGCGGAGCCCGUGGCCAGCAGGAGCAAGCUAAGGAAGCCCAAGCCCGUCUCUUUGAGGAAGAAAACGUUCGGGGGUGAGUUCUCGGGACCGGAAACGGCUGAGGAGGGCACGCCUCUCCCCAGGGCAUCCGAGCAACUGGGUCGCCAUGAAUCAGAUGAGAACGCACAUCCCUCCUUGCUAGGAGGCACUGAGCUCCAGACCCCUACCCUGGACGUGGACGCAGGAACGUCAGGAGCUCUCAGUAGUGACAACAACGACUCGGGGGUGGAGCUGCUGGAAGAGUCCCGGAGCUCACCUCUCAGACUCCAGUCUGAUUUCACAGAGGAUGUGGAAAGCGUGGAGACCCGGAGAGCCCUUCCGAGGAAACCUGGAGGGAAAUCGGGCCCCAGGCUGGCCCCCCAGGUGCAGCAGGAGGGCGUCCGUAAGCCCUCAGGGGUGGAGCAGCCCACAGCCGCAGCCGCAGGGGACCCCCAGUCUCCGGCAUCUUCCAAGCCAGGUGCUGGUCCCUGGGAUGCGCCCAGCUGUGACCCCUUCGGGAGCCAUUCCAUUCUGCAGAACUCCCCACCUCUCUCCUCUAAGGGCACCUACCACUUUGACCCAGAUAACUCGGACGAAUCCAUGGAUCCCUUUAAACCAAGUACGACCUUACCAAGCGGUGACUUUCCUACCACUGGUAAUCAUGUUAAUGAAAUCUUAGAGUCACCCAAGAAGGCGAAGUCGCGUUUAAUAACGACUACUGAGCAAGUGAAAUUUCUCUGUUUUCUGUUGAGUGGCUGUAAGGUGAAGAAGUAUGAAACUCCGCCUCUCACCUCGGAUGCGUGUUCUCAGGAUGAAGAAGCAGUGAUCUCCCAGGUUUCAGACAUUUCUAACAGGGAUGGCCACGCAACCGACGAGGAGAAACUGGCGUCCACGUCAUGUGGUCAGAAAUCAGCUGGGGCCGAGGUGAAAGGUGAGCCAGAGGAAGACCUGGAGUACUUUGAAUGUUCCAAUGUGCCCGUGUCUGCCAUAAAUCAUGCGUUUUCAUCCUCAGAAGCAGGCGUAGAGAAAGAGCCGUGCCAGAAGAUGGAGAAGGACGGAUCCGCUGGGCUCGGCCUGUUGGAAGUCUCUUCAGAGAAGGCCCCUGUGUCCGUGGCCUGUGGAGGUGAGAGCCCCCUGGAUGGCAUCUGCCUCAGCGAGUCCGAUAAGACAGCGGUGCUCACCCUGAUCCGAGAAGAGAUCAUCACUAAAGAGAUUGAAGCAAAUGAAUGGAAGAAAAAAUAUGAAGAGACCCGGCAAGAAGUCUUGGAGAUGAGGAAAAUCGUGGCUGAGUAUGAAAAAACCAUUGCCCAAAUGAUUGAAGAUGAACAGAGGACCAGUAUGACGUCUCAGAAGAGCUUCCAGCAGCUGACCAUGGAGAAGGAGCAGGCCCUGGCCGAUCUGAACUCUGUGGAGAGGUCUCUUUCUGAUCUCUUCAGGAGAUACGAGAACCUGAAAAGCGUUCUGGAAGGGUUCAAGAAGAAUGAAGAAGCCUUGAAGAAAUGCGCUCAGGAUUACCUCGCCAGAGUCAGGCAAGAGGAACAGCGCUAUCAGGCCCUGAAAAUCCACGCAGAAGAGAAGCUAGACAAAGCCAACGAAGAGAUCGCUCAGGUUCGGACUAAAGCCAAGGCUGAGAGUGCAGCCCUCCACGCUGGGCUCCGGAAAGAGCAGAUGAAGGUGGAGUCCCUGGAAAGGGCCCUGCAGCAGAAGAACCAAGAAAUCGAAGAACUGACAAAAAUCUGUGAUGAGCUGAUCGCAAAGCUGGGGAAGACGGACUGAGAGCGCUGUUAGCUCAGCAGGUCUGCGUUUGGCUGCUUCUCUUGUGACCACAAUUAUCUUGCCUUAUCCAGGAAUAAUCGCCCCUCUGCAGAGAAAAGAAAAAGACUUGAAAAAGCACAUGCCUCCUGCUGCGCACCCUGCUUUGCUGCCCACGUGACGGCCCCGGAGAAGCCGCGGGGUUCAGCGCCGUCCAUCGGGGAGGGGGCAGGACCCGCCAGUGCUAGAGUCCCUGGAUAAUCCGUCUGCGGUUCAGGCGGAUAGCUGCUGAGUUUGGCUUGGUGACUUCUCUCUUCAGUUGGUUUUAAAGUCAUCUUUACUUUUU